CCGCGUUUUUGUGCACAUUUUUGUUACUUUUAUUUUAUUUUUGUAGAAAAUGAGAUUGUACAAACUACAUAAAAUAAGGAAAGAAUAAUAAUUCAUGUUUUGGAAAAUGAAAAUAAAAAUCUGAAUAUUAUUCUUGGAUUGCAGAUAUAAAUAAUGGCCUUCCAAUUGGACGAUCUUCUAAAGGAAGAUAAGAAGGAUGCAAAUUUAUUACCUGAUCUAAGUAAAGCAAUUUGUAAUUCUCAAGAAGAGUUCCGUCGACUUCUGGAGAAUUGUCCUGAAUUUAAAAUUAAACCAGAAAAGGUAAAAAAAGAAGAUGCAAAAGUGCGUGACAAAGAAUUUUCUUGGAAACCAACUAAAAAAGAGUUGAAAGCAUUUGGAAAAGAAUGGAAUUACGGAAAUCCAAUACCUCCAGAUAUGAAAGAUUUAAAUCUUCACGAAUUACAACAAGUUGCUAUUGACUGGAGAAUGUUAACAUCUAUUAGAUCAAAAAAUCGACAAGAUGAAGAAAUGUUCUCUAGAUUAGUGGAAAUGGGAAAACUGGAAGCAAAAACAAUUGCUAAAGAACAACGAUCAAUUAUAAGUCCCAUUAGACGUACUAAAAAUCGUGCCGGUAUGAUUGAGAGUAGCGUAAAAAUAUGUAGUGAAUGUGGAGAAGAAUAUUGCCUUGGUGAAUUUUGUGGCGAUGUUAUAUAUGAUUUAUAUGUAAGAAUAAAUGUGACGGUUCAACAACCGAAAAUAAAAAUAUCCGCUGAUACUGAAGCAAUAAUAGCUAAUAUGGAUCGUAAAAAGAAACGCAAAAGGAAAAAGAGAAUAAAAAUUAAAAAUACUAGAAAAAAUGGUAGAUUGUUAAUUCGAAGCAAAAGAAUGAAAUCUAUGGCUAAUGAUUUAGGAAGAAAAAGUAAUAAAGACAAGUUAGAAAAUAAUGAGAACAAUUCAAAGCCUGUUAAACCAUUUAAAAGAAAAUGCAGUAAAUAUACUAAAAAAGGAUUUCGAAAAUAAAUAUAAAAGGUAACAGAAAUUAAUACAUGUUAUAAAUUCCGAAAAUAUUUAUCGUGAAUU